CUGCUGUCGGGCCCGCCGCCGCUGGCCGGCCUCAGUCGUACGGUCGCUCUGGCGCCGAUGGGGCGCGGCGCAUUGACGCCGGCCGGCCGCACGACGGGCGCCAUCUCGGACCGCAUCAAGAGUCGCCUGCACGCGCCCAUGGACGUGGUGGUGGCCAACUUCCCGGUGGGCACCAACGAGCACGACCUGUUUGCCAUGUUCCGCAAGUUCGAGCCGCUGAACGUGCGCAUCAUGGUGAACAAUUCGAGCCAGCAUCCGGACGACUUCACGUACGCCUACGUGACAGUGUCCAGCCGGAUGGCGGCCGACGAGGCCGUCAUGGAGAUGGACGGCUUGACCUUCCAGGGUCGCCCGCUGGUGGUGGAGACCAGGAAGAACUAGCGGCCGCCGCGUCGCACCACAGCGGUCGCCGCGCCGCUCCCCAUGGCAGCAGCGCCGUGGCCUCAUCCCAUGGCAGCGGCGCGCUCUCAGCCCGGCCGCCGUCGCUGCCGGAUCCAUCUCAUUUAUCUGACAAAGUGCCGGCCAGCCGGCGUCUGCCGCGAUUUUCUGUUGUACGCACAGCUGGCCCACUGUCGCAGGAAGGUGGAGCGCGGGAGGAGCGCAUUUUGGCCAGCUGUGCCCCGCUCUCAAACUUGGGACUGAAUACACGGCAUUGGCGUACGA